AUUUGCUCGCAAACCAACCUGAACAUCAACUUUACAUUGAUUGCUUAGAGCCUGCCAUUGAGGCAGCGAAGGAUAGACAUAGGGUUUAUAGCCACUAAACGAACAGGCGGGAUUUCAGGAAACCUAAAAUGAGUAUCGCCGCCUAUCUUCAAACAGAGCUCGUCGCCCUAUCGAAUGAAGCAAGGCGCAAGCACCCAGAAAUUAAGGAGGCAGCUGAGAGAGUCAUAGCGUUACUACGGCACCCAGGGCAAGGACAAGGCAUCAGUCUUACUACUGUUCUUAGCCAAAAUCAAGAUGUUCUCAAGCCAUUUCUGCUAGCAUGUGAUACCAAAAACGUUAAGCUUGUUACGAUAUCUAUGGGGUGUCUACGUGAACUCAUAUCUCAUCAUGCUAUGCCAGAGGACUCUGUGGAGGUGGUGCUUAAGACCCUGAACGAUAUUAUGUCGCACGGCGUGGAGAUUCAACUCAAGAUUUUGCAGACAAUCCUUCCCCUCCUUACAAACUACAAUGUCCAUAGCGAGUCUCUUGCUGAGGCCCUUCUUCUCUGCUUCCGCUUGCAGGAUUCCAGAGUGGUUUUUGUGAACAAUACUGCGGCAGCCACGCUUCGUCAACUAGUAAUUUACAUCUUUGAAAAGGUCGGCGAUGAGGACUUGAAAAAGCACGAGUCUGGGAAAGAAGCGCAGGGAAUAGAGGCGCCAACUACAGUAUUAGAACAAGAGAGUGAGGAGCAGCUGGGACCAUGCGCUUCGGACGCGUAUCUGCUCUUCCAGGAUCUGUGUCUUUUGACCAACUCUGAACACGCCCGCUUCCUUAAUCUUAGUAGCAUCAGCAGGACUUUUGGAUUAGAACUUAUUGAGAGUGUUCUCACCAACCAUUUCCACCUCUUUAAGCAGCACAAGGAGUUUGCGUCUUUAUUGCGUGAAAGAGUGUGUCCUCUAAUCAUUAAGAACUUUUCAGACAAACAAGACUUUCCGCAGACCAUGCGCCUCAUGCGAGUGGUAUAUAUCCUUAUAAAGCAGUUUCAUGAAAUCCUAGCAAUCGAAUGCGAAAUAUUUUUAUCAAUGCUGAUCAAACUGUUGGAGCCAGAGGGAAAUAUUUUAUGGCAAAGAGUCCUGGCCAUGGAAAUUUUUAGAGGCAUCUGCGGAGAUAACACUCUCAUGCGUAGGAUAUAUAGGGCCUAUGACCAACAAGGAACCAGUACAGAUAUCUUCGGGGACAUGAUUAUUGCCAUAGGACGACUCUCUACCGAAAAACCUUUGCUCAUUGGCGCAGGGAGUUUUGUGCAGGAUAGUUCUGAUACAAACCGACUGACUAAUAUCAAUGAACGGGACGCAGGCGAAGGUGGGAUAGGCGGAUUAAGCGUUACAUCCUCGACAAUGCGAAUUCAAUGUGUUGACCAAUUGGACAAAGCUGACCCGCCCCAGAUCCCGGAGACAUACUUGUACUACUUGUCUUUAGUAUGCAUUAAUUCAAUAGCGGAUGGGCUGGCAUCGUUCAUUUUCCCAAUCGUAUCGCAGGUACUCCUUGAUCAACAGCGGCUAGCACAGAAGCAAAUGGAGGAGGCUGAGAAUGUGGAUCCUGUACCCCCGCGCCCGACUCUUACAGUGUUCCCAGACAUCAAUGCAUUGGAGCUGUCAAAGACAAAUGAGGCCGAGGAUAUAGCGCUAGUGACCAUUAUGGCUGAGUCUGCCUGGCCAGGACUUCUGGCUGCAUUCUCUUAUUUCCUAGGCGCCAACUUGGAUGAGGAACUAUUCCACAACGUGAUGCGUGCUUAUCAGAACUUCACGAGCGUAUGUGGUGUCUUACAACUGGCUACGCCCCGUGAUGCUUUCUUGACAUCACUUUGUAAGAACUGCCUUCCUGUUCCGCCAGCUCUGGAACAGAGAUCUGGCAUUGCUGUAGCAAACCAUACCCCCCAGGAACUGACUGGUUCCAAUAUCACAGACAAAAAUAUGUAUUGUUUGCGAAUCUUACUCAAUGUUGCGCAAUAUCUUGGAGGAACCUUGUUCGACAGCUGGUAUCUUGUGUUAGAGACUAUGCAACAAGCCGAGCAUCUCUUAAAGGCUAAACUUCAUCGUAGUGGUACUUCCGGACCAAUGAAAAAAGCAGGGACCACUGGCUUUAGCAACAAUCCAUCAUCCAGCAAAAACGCCUCUCCAUCACAGAGCGGCUCUAAUAGGCCUACCAAUACUGGUACAGAAUAUGCAGGUCCAUCCCACCAGGAGGCAGAUGUUCUAGCGUUACUUGCGUCCUUCAAGCAAUUAUUCGAUCUUUCAAUUCAUUUGGAACCCUCUUCGUUCAAAAGCUUUAUACGUGCACUAUGUAAAUUGGGUGCCGCAGGAAGUGGCCUUCCUUUGGCAGACAGCAAGGGCUCAACUGCAGCGCCGUUUCUCAAAGGACUAAGACACGUUAAUAAAUCCGACGAUAAAUCAUUUGCUAUCGAAAAAUUACGACAUGUUUGUCUUCUUAAUGUCGAUCGCAUUGUAUCAGGAGAUAAGGGUGCUACAGUCUGGGACAUAGCAGUUAAAUAUUUAAUUGAGACAGCCAACCAUCCAGCACCUUCAGUCAGGAUCCGCAUGCAAGCUUGCGAUGUGGUCUCAGAUAUCAUCAUUGCCACAAUGUCUCACGCAGAGCAAAAUUCGCUUUCCAAACAGGAGGAGACUCAAAUGCGGGUGAUGAAAAACUUGCGUAAGCUGAUACAAGGCCACGGGAACGCACUAGUCGAAAUUCAACGCAUGGGGUUGGAAACUUUGAACAAGCUCCUUCAGACAUCAGGCCAAUCCUUGUCUUUUGGCUGGGAUAUCAUCUUUGAAAUGAUCCAAAACUCAAUUGGGGCAUUGUCAAUGAGGACAUUUCACGAGGCACUACCAGAGCUAGCAUCUACUGGCGCGGAAAAUAACCCACAGACUUCAUCUACAGGCGCAUCCAGGAUCACUGGUUUAGUUCGAAUUGCUUUCCCAUGUCUGCAGUUGAUAUGUGCAGACUUUUUAUCGCUGUUGAACGCAAGGAAUUUACAGCUAUGUAUUGAUACUCUAGCUGCCUUUGGCUAUCAAACGGAAGACCUGAAUAUUUCGCUUACUUCUGUAGGCCUCCUCUGGAACAUCUCAGAUUUUAUUCAACAGAGUAUCAGAGACUUAGAUCGCAGCGCAUCGGAUUUGAAGCCUGAUGAAAAUCAAUCCGAAUCAGAGGCAGUCGAUGAGAUCACCUUGGAGUUCCCGGACCCUGAUCUUACACAUAAAAAUCUUAAUGGACUUUGGAUGCUACUUCUCUUUAAAAUCUCGACCCUAUGUUCAGACAUGCGCCCCGAAGUCAGGAAUGGCGCUAUUCAGACACUGCUCCGAACAAUCCAAAUAAAUGCUAGCAGUUUGGAUAAGGGAUCUUGGCGCAAAUGUGUAUGGAAGAUCCUCCUUCCACUAUUGGACGAGGUUGAUGCCGCAUCAAGUCGAAAAGUGGACGAGGUGCCAGAACCCGCCCCAACAGGCGCAUUUGUUAUGCGUAACGACUCACCAAGCAAACAGUGGGAUGAGACGCAUGUGCUUCUCUUCAAUGGAUUGGCAGACGUAUUCCAGAAUUUUUUGUUCCGACUAGUAGAGCUUGAUGACUACUUGGAUGCUUGGGUAUUUCUAAUGGAGCAUCUUGAGUCAGCAUCGCUCUUUUCGUCACCGGAUGUUGCUAUAGCCGCACUGAAGGCGAUUCAGACCAUAGUGAAGACUCCCUCUACCAAGGACGCACAUGCAGUAGAAAGCUACGUAUCCAUAGAAGAGCGCAUAAAGCGUCUGGCGAAACUUUGGGACACUGCUUGGUGUAUUUGGGAACGAAUCGGUUGUGCUAUUGUCGGACGAAAACCAUCGAUUGGUACACGACGUGAGCACUAUAAUGCAGGCAGUAGGACAAUGACCACUCAAUUCACUCAAGAAACUCUUACUGAAUAUAUUAACAUCAUGCAUCAGCUCUAUCCUAUUCUGGCAAGCAAGUUCAGGCUGAAGGAUUUGCAAGCCUUUCUUGAUGUUGUGCACCUGAUUUUGAUAUUUGAUGCAAGCCCUGUUUACCGGCCAGAUAUUGAUUAUCUGUCUCCAUUGCAGGCUUCCAUCCACGAUGCACUGAUACAACUUGAUUUGGGUUCUAUUGAUGGAGGACCGGCCGCGGUCUUGGAGCAGCUUACAAACCAGUUCCUCUUAGCCUUCCAAACCGACUCUUACAAUACUGGCAGUAGUGCUUCGAAUACAUCUCUGAACUCAUCAGGGCCUGUAAGGCCAACGUAUAUUGCGCUGUGCAAGGCGACGCUAACGAGGAUUGUGUUCUUGCUGGAUAAGUAUCAACAAGAAAAAGGAAUAUACGCAAGCGGUGUUUAUGCGCGCGUACUCAAAUCUCUAGGUGUCGCCAUGAAGCUUCGCUAUAAAUGUCCUCCAUCUUACAAACAUGUGGAGGAUAUCCCACUUUGGAAAACGGCCACAACCGCCUUUGUGGAAUCCAUCAAAAAUAGCAUCACUGUUGUUGAAAGUUUUGAAAAAGAUAUUCCGGAUGCUCAGUUUUUCGAAAUUUGGCGAGAGCUGGUCGUGGUCUGUCGCGGAACCAUGGCCCCUGCACUGCCAAUCCCACUUAAUGAGAUGUCUCUGAAACAUCAAGCUAUGGAUGAGUCAUUUGACUUGGUUUUCCUUCAGAGCUUAAAAUCCAAAGUGUUCUUUCGCAUGGGAUACCGUCGAGUCCCUCUGGAGACUCUUAGGGAGCUGGUUCAGAUUCUCGAUCAUGCUGCUAACCUUUAUAUACUGUCCACGCCGUCCAUGAUUGAUAACUUAUCUUUAUCGUCGGCCCCUCCACUCUCUGUUGAUAAUAUUCGUCAGUCAAGCGUAUCUGAAUCUAAGGGAGAGACCACAAUUCCAUCUUCGUCUUCUGUGGAAAACAUUCAUUUAGACAUUAUACAAGGCUUAGGCAUUACAUUACAUGCAACCACAAACACAAUGGUUCCCGUACGGCGCGAACGAUUUGCAUUUGCCUGUCUUGAAACUCUAUUUGACCUCUGCUCGUUAGGACAUGGGGAGCCAAAUGAAUGCACUGAGGGAAACAAUGUUUCCAACUCUACAAACCAACCAUCUGCUGCUAUUGAGACAGAGCUUCGAACUAGGACAGCCAUGAUAACGGCUCCAGUAUUAAUGCAACGGUGCCACGUACUGUUGGAUGCCUAUAGUUCAGAUCAGGCUUUGCUAGGGAAGUGUCCCUUCCCACGGCUACGCCAUCAAGAAAUUUGCUUAAUCCUUCGGCGACUGAGCGAACUUGAGCUUGUUCCAGGAGUCCUUAUUUCCCAUGGCCAGAAUGAGUGUCAGAAUGAGUCACCGCAAGAUAAUUUCAAGCAAUCGCUUCUCGCAGGGCCACGUGCCCAUUUAUUUUAUCUAUAUGAACCCCUCACAGACGCCAUGUUUUGUCACGAUCCUGAGGUACUAUUGUUGCUGAAGUCUUGUCUCAAGACUGCUGGACGUUCGAUCGGCCUUUCGAAAUGAGCUAUUAAACUCCAAUAAGAAUAUGACUUCUUAAACCAGGAUAAGGAUGAUUUUAUUUUUCAAAGCCAGAGAGUGGAGAAGGCGGGUGGAUUUCACCAAUGUAGGCAUUAUUGCCAGCAGAGAAGCAAUGUGAACUAGUGGUUUGUAAUUGUUUGUAGGGAAAUAAAGGUUAUUGGACAUGAUGACAGUUGAACAGAG